UAAAUGCAAUGCGUCAUCGUGAAUUUCGGCAGAUGCUCUCUUUAGAUGAGGAAACGUAUAGUGUUGACCUACCAUACUACUGCAAGGUUCGCUGGCUAUCAACAGGUCAGGUUUUGAUAAAAGUUUUGUCUUUACGACGACAAAUUUUAAACUUUUAUCAAGAACAAGGAAAACAAUGUGAUCUAUCAGAUGAAGUAUUUCUCAGAAACCUUGCAUUUUUGUCUGAUAUGAUGACAAAACAAAACAAUUUAAAUAUUUGCCUGCAAGGUGAAACGAGGUAUAUUUAUGAAAUGUGGCAAAAGAUCCAAGCGUUUAGAAAAAAAUUAUCAUUUUUCAAAACAUUGCUUUGUCGAUCGGAAAUAUCUGCACAACACUUCCCGGAGCUAGCUAAAAUGUUAAAUGAGCAGAACUGUGAAAAUAAAAUAUUCGAUGAAUAUGUAGGUGUCUUGGAUUGUUUAAUAGAAGAGUAUACUAAUAGAUUUUCUGAUUUUGACGAGCACACUCCUGCUAUGAAACUGGCAUUUGAACCACAUUUAAUAGAUAUAUCCGAGGCUCCUGCAGAACUACAAAUGGAGUUAAUUGAUUUAGGGGAAGAUAGUAUCAUCAAAUCCCUUUUUAACGCUAAAAAGGAUCCCAUAGAAAUCUGGAAAAAUGCUGUUGAAUAUCCAUGCCUUCGAGAACAUGCUCGCCGUUUACUUUCCUGCUUCGGAAGUACCUACUGUUGCGAGACAACAUUUUCUCUCAUGUCAAAAAUAAAAACAAAUUUAAGAACGCAAAUUACAGAUGCACAUUUAGAGGAUCAAUUAAAGCUGUGUGUUACGAAGCUUGAUCCAAAUAUACAAUUACUGUCAAACAAAAAACAAAGCCAAAUAAGUCACUAA